GUCAUUACGGUGACAUUUGUCAACAGAUCACACAACAGAAUACUGACGACACUCUGAAUUUAUUUAUCUCCUCGAAUAAAGUAAAACACUAACCAAUUGUCUUGGAGCUAACGCUAUUUUGACCAAUCAGAACCAUGGAUCGUGGUGAGCAUAUGAAUGAUACGGAGUGUGGUUAUGUUGAGUCAGAAGAAGAAGCUAGGAUGACGGAGAAGGACUUAGCGGAGGACGCGCAGUGGAAAAUAUUUCAGAAAAAUACAUUCACACGAUGGGCGAAUGAGCAUCUCAGGAAAGUUGAUCUACACAUCGAGGAUUUGGAGACUGAUCUGAGUGAUGGCUUGCGACUAGUUGCACUUGUCGAAAUAUUGUCAGGUCACAAAUUUCGUCAUAUCAAUAAGCGGCCGACAUUCAAAACUCAAAAACUUGAAAAUGUUACUACUGUUCUGAAGUUCCUCGAGGAAAAUGAAGGCCUGCGUCUCGUCAGCAUAGAUAGCAGUCACAUAGUGGAUUGCAACUUAAAACUUAUAUUAGGUUUAAUUUGGGCACUUAUCCUGCAUUACUCUAUAUCAGUGCCUCUCAUUGAAGAUGAAGAAAACGUACCACAACAGGAUAAAAACCAAACCCAAGGUCCCAAACAGCGUUUGCUAGGUUGGGUGAAACAAAAAAUGCCGGACAUUCCAGUACGAAAUUUCACAACAGAUUGGAACGAUGGUAUCGCUAUUGGAGCCCUCGUAGAUGCUUGUGCUCCUGGUCUUUGUCCGGAUUGGGUUAGCUGGGAUCAAAAGAAACCUUUACGUAAUGCUACAGAGGCAAUGACAGCAGCAGAAAACUGGCUAUCCGUUCCUCAGUUAAUUCGACCAGAAGAAAUGAUUGAUCCCAACGUUGAUGAGAAGUCUAUGAUGACUUACAUUAGUCAGUUUCCUAAUGCUCGUUUGAAGGAGGGUGCACCACUGAAAGAUAAACUCAAUCCGUCGAAGGUGCGAGCAUAUGGUCCAGGUUUGGAGAUGAAUGAAAAUAGAAUUAGUGAACCGGCUAAAUUCUAUGUGGAAACAGCUGGAGCUGGAAAGGGUCAAUUAGAUAUUCUUGUUAUCAAUUCGAGAGGUGUCAGAGAAUCAUGUGAAGUAAUUUUUGAUAAUGAAAGAAGUCAAACGUAUUCCUGUGUUUAUGAACCACAUGUAGAAGGUGAACAUCGUGUCAUUAUUAAAUAUGGUGGUCAAGAGAUACCAAAUUCACCUUUUCGUGUCAAUGUUAAAGGUGUAUUUGUAGAUCCCAGUAAAGUAACUGUUAACGGUCCAGGAGUACAAAAAUCAGAACUGAAUUGUGUUGGUCGACGUACCUAUUUCAAUGUACUUACUCAAAAUUCUGGAAACGGAACUGUUGACUGUUAUAUAAUUGAUCCUCAUGGGAAGAAAGAUACUGUGAAACCGCGUAUCACUUGUCCCGGUGGAGAUGGUUGUUAUGUUGUUGAAUACACGCCUAAAGAUGUUGGUAUGCAUCAAGUAUUUGUAGAGUUUGCUGAUAAGCAAAUUCCGUAUUCACCAUUCCAUGUGGAAAUAGCGCCUAAGGUUCAUCCGGAGUUAGCUUAUGCUACAGGACGUGGUGUUCAAGCACGCGGUGUGCGUGUACAGGAUAAAGUACAAUUUUCCGUUCAUACUGAACGAGCUGGGGAUCAAGCUCCACUUACAGUCACUAUGAAUCGAGCAGAUGGUCAAAGUGAAAGUGUGGAAGUUCGUCAAAGUGAUAAAUUCCUGUGGGAUUGUUUCUAUAGUCCACAACGACCUGGGAAGUAUACGCUUGGUAUUCGCUAUGGUAAUGGACAUAUUCAGCAUAGUCCGUAUACAAUUGUCGUUGGUCCAUAUAAAAAGUCUGCAGUACGUGCUUUUGGUCCAGGUUUGCUAGGUGGCAUUGUUAAUCAUCCAAAUUUAUUCACGGUUGUAUGUAAUGGUGAAGGUGCUGGACUAGGUUUCUUGAUUGAAGGUCCUAGUGAAGCCAAAGUUGUAUGUCGAGAUAAUGGAGAUGAUUCAGCCCUUGUAACGUAUUCAGUUUCACAGCCUGGUGAAUAUGCAGUCCAUGUGACAUGUUAUGAUGAAGACAUACCUGGAUCACCUUAUAUGCCUAUAAUUGUUCCUGAUAUUAAAGAUAUUCAUCCUGAUAAGUUACGUAUUUACGGUCCCGGUGUGGAAACAACAAAUCUUACUGUUGGUCAACAAACAGAAUUUUAUGUGGAUGGUCUACAAGAUGCUGUACCUGUUCAUAUGUUACAUUCAAUGAAUGAGUCUUUGUUACACGUGGAUUGUCAUGAUUCUACGGGAUAUCCAGUUCCAGUUCAAUCUCGCAUGAAGUCUGAUGGUACUGUAGUUUACACCUACAAACCUGUGUCUCCUGGAGUUCACACUAUAUAUGCCGCUAUUGCAAACACUUCUCUCAAAGGCGUUCCGUAUAGAGUUAAUGUUGCUCCUGAAAUACAACCAGAAAAAGUGAAAUUAUGGGGUCCUGGUUUACAGAAUGCUGUUAGAAAACAGCCAACUCACUUCUUCAUUGAUCCUCAAGAAGUAUUCUCAGGUGAACAUGAAGCUGAACUAAUGGCCAAUAAUCCAAUAUCUGUAACUAUUGUGGACGACCGUGCUCAGCCAAUUCCUAUAAAGUUAAACAAACAAUCAGAUAACACUGUUCGUGUAGAAUACACUCCACCCUCCAAAUGUUCAAAUGUGCAUAUUACACCUCUGAUAGGUGGAACACCAUCGAAGACUGUUAAUGUGCCUGUACAUUGUGGUUUUGACGUUUCUCAGAUUAAAAUACAAAAUUUAGAUAACACCAUCAAUCUUCAUUCAACUAGUCAAUUUGUAAUUUCUACAAAAGACGCUGUACACCUACUAGAUCGUGUUACAGUAAAUAUUCAGUCAGUAGACAUGCCAGAAAUAUGUUUACCAGUUAGCCUAAAAGCUGAAACAGACGAUGAGAUUUUAUGCACAUUUUCAACUAUUGAUUUACUAGGCUGUUACAGUGUGAAGAUUAUGUUGGAUGAUGAUAAUGUGUUAAGUGAUCAUCCUCCAUUAACAUUCACUGUGGUAACUAGUAACACAGAAUUAAGUGUUGAAUGUGUCGAUGGCAGUAAUUUACAUUUAUGUAAUGGUGGUGAUGAAUUGUGUAAGAGUCAAAAUGAAACCGACCAAAGGGGGGAUAUUCAUGAAAAUCAAUCGGUUGAUGAAAUAUUACCUACAGAAUGUCAAUUAGAAAAUGGAAUCUGUUUACCUCAUAAUGGAUUUGUUGAACAUAGAAAUGAUGAUGAUCAGCACUCGUGUACAACUGAAGCUAAUUGUAAUGUGUGCGACGAGUCAGCCGACGGCGGUGAUGUGGAUUUGGAAGCAAAUAAUAAUGCUAUUCAUCCAAUGAAUAAUGGAAAUGGUUUUAAGAAUAGUGAAGAUAGCGUACAGUCCACGGCUGCUACUAAAAUUGAUAUGUUCAAGAUUUUUAUCAGGAAUGGUUAUACAGAAAAAUGUGAACAGGAUAAUAAAGAGGAAGAGGAGUUUCUACACACUGAAUACAACAACAUUUCCGAAAUUUCAUCACAUGAAAAAGAUGAUGGGAUAGUCAAUGGACACAGCACUGACUGUACUUCACCACCAACAGCACAGAAGUAUCCUCCAAGACUGUUUAUUACAGAGAAGGAAAAAACUGAUAUCAUAGCUAAAAGUAAAUGGCCUCAACCGACACCUGAACAACACGCCUACAGUAUAACAGCUCAAGGUUCAGGACUUGAUAAGGCCUUUACUAACCAGUCAGCUGAAUUCAUCAUUAACAGUGAACUUGUCCCACCAGCUCCGUUGAGUGUAACAAUUGCUGGACCAAGUGAAGCAAAAAUUCAGUGUAUAGAUAAUGGAAAUGGAACGUGUGGUGUGAAUUAUACACCAUUUGCACCAGGUUGUUAUACAAUUAAUGUAGUGUAUAACAAUGAACUACAUAUAUUUGGAAGUCCAUUUUUUGUUCAAGUAUACCCUGCUGAUAAACCAAAUUUAAAUGUAGAUGAUGUACUGUGCUACGGUGUUGGAGUGGAUUCGAAUGAAGUACACAAGGCUUCUUACGUCAAGUUUAUUGUUGACGCAUCAGCUAUUGACCCACACGGUGAAGGAACAGUGUCAGCUAUUCUUACCGGUCCAGAUAAUGAAACAUCUGCCUGUCAAGUAGUGAAUUCCAAAGAUGGAAAGUAUGUUUGUAAUUAUACCCCAUUGGAGGAAGGCCAACAUCAAAUAGACGUAACCUAUGAAGGUCUUGCAAUACCAGGUAGUCCUUAUCGUGUUCAAGUUCUUCCUGGUUGUGAUCCAAGUCGAGUUAAAGCUUACGGUCCAGGUCUUGAGAAUGGAGCACAUUUAAAACCUGGUGAACAAACCAGUUUCACUGUUGACUUGACAGGAGCUGGUCAAGGUGGUUUGGGUUUAGCAGUUGAAGGUCCAAGUGAAGCACCAAUUGAUUGUCAAGAUAAUCGUGAUGGUACUUGCACAGUUUAUUAUACACCUUCUGAAGCUGGUGCUUAUUCUGUGUAUGUACGCUUCAAUGAUGUUAAUGUUCCAGGAAGCCCAUUUCAUGUAAAUGUUGAAGCUAAAGUUGAUCCAAAACAAGUUAGAUGUUAUGGUUCUGGUCUUGAAUCUGGUCUGUUGCGCGCUGGAUUGCCAGCUUAUUUCACUGUGGAUACAAAAAAUGCUGGAGAUGCACGUCUACGGGUUAUGUAUACACCUAAACCUGGUGCUGAAUUACAACCUGCAAAUGUUCAACUUCUUAGUGGAGGAACAGAUAAAGAUCCAGCACAUCAACACUACCACAAAGUUACAUAUACACCUGAAGAACAUGGUCCUUGUCGCAUAGAAGUUACCUAUGAUGAUGUUCAUAUUCCUGGUUCACCGUUUUUAGUGAAUAUUCGAAAAUCUUGUGAACCUGAACGUGUUCGUGUUUUAGGUGCUGGAGUUGAAGGUCCUGUUCUAGCCAGUCUUCCAGCAACAUUUACUGUUGAUGCUCGAGAUGCUGGUAUGGGAGAUUUAACCCUUGGUCUUACGGAUCCGAAAGGACAGUCAGUUCCAGUAAGAGUUCUUCCAUUGUCUGUAGACAGCGAAUCAGUUGUAACAAAUGGAGUAGUGCCUUCUGUGACAAGUUUAGCCUCAGGUGAUGUCAGUGACACAGGACUUUUAUCAUGCACCUAUGAACCAUAUUUGAUUGGACCGCAUAAUAUUCAUGUUAUGUUUGCCGGUGUUGAAGUGGACAACAGUCCAUUCACUGUUCGAAGUAUUGCUACGGGUAGAGCAGAUCUAUGCGAAAUUAAAAAUGGUGUAAAGAAAUUUAUACCAGUUGGAAAAGAAAACGUUAUCACAGUUGAUACAUCAUUGGGUGGUAAAGGUCGAUUAACCUGUCAAGUUAUCCAGCAACCAACUAAACAAUCUUCAGCUACUGCUACACUUCUCCCAGUAGAAACAGAAGAUAAUGGUGACGGCAGUACCUGCGUAUACUAUACACCUACACAAUUGGGUGAAUUGAAUGUAGAGCUACGAUAUGGUGGUCAGUUGAUUCCUAAUGGAGAAUUCACCCAGAAGGUAGUAUCCAGCGAGGAUAUCACAGAUGAAACUUCACGUCAAAGUGUGUAUCGUCCUGUUGUAUUUCGUCUUCCGGCUCCUCGGAAUAAAGCGAAAAUUGAAGCUGUUGUACUGCGGCCUUCAGGUGCCCAACAACAAGUUCCUGUUAUUGUGAAUGAUAAUGAAACAAUAACCGUAACAUAUGAUCCUAUAGAACAUGGAAUGCAUGAAUUACGUGUAAAUAUUCAUUCACAGGCGAAAUCUGAUUCUCCUGGUAGUACAUUUACUAUGCCACUACAAGGUAGUCCAUACAAGUUCUAUGUGGAUACUGCUAGUACUGGUCGAAUUACAGCCUAUGGUCCUGGAUUAAGUCAUGGUAUUACUUCUCAAUUAGCUGAAUUCACCAUUGUAACAAAAGAAGCUGGUGUUGGUGGUCUUUCAGUCUCCGUUGAGGGUCCAUCUAAAGCUAAAAUUCAAUGCGUUGAGAAUUCUGAUGGUACAUGUAGUGUGAGUUACCUACCUCUUGCACCUGGCUUAUAUACAAUCUCAAUUAAAUUUGCUGAUGAGCAUAUCUCUGGUUCACCGUUUACUGCUAAAAUAACAGGUGAUAUCUUGAAACGAUCACAAUUAAGCAUGGGUGCACCAAGUGACAUUGCUUUGGAAGCAGUUGAUGAAGAUAUUGCCACCCUGACAGCUAGUGUACACAGUGCAUCUGGUCGUGAAGAACCAUGUGUGCUUAAAAGUUUGCCAAAUAAUCGUUUGGGCAUUUCAUUUACACCUAAAGAAGUUGGUGAACAUUUGGUUAGUGUAUUUCAAGCUGGAAAGCAUAUUGCUAAUAGUCCAUUUCGAAUACGUGUCUCUGAGAAAGAAAUCGGCGAUCCUAGACGUGUACGUGUCAGUGGGCCAGGUUUAAUAUCAGGUUUAUCUAAUAAGCCUAAUCAAUUCACUGUGGAUACACGAGAUGCAGGUUAUGCUGGUUUAAGUCUUUCAAUUGAAGGACCAAGUAAUGCAGACAUUGAAUGUCAUGAUAAUCACGAUGGUACUUGUACUGUCAUAUAUACACCUACUGAACCUGGCCAGUAUGUUAUCAAUGUGAAGUAUGCUGAUGUUCAUGUGCCAAAUAGUCCAUUCCGUGUUGACAUUGGUGGAGAACCUUCUGUGAAAAUGAUGGAAAGAAUCACUAGACGACGUGAAGCUUCAAAAGUUACACAUGUUGGAAGUCGGUGUGAAUUGAGCUUACGUAUUACAGAUACAAAUCCCUCUGAUUUGUCUGCAUCGGUAACCUCUCCUUCGGGUCAUACUACUCGUUGCGAAGUUGUUCCUAUUGAUAGCGAUCAUUACAAUAUCAAGUUUAUACCACAAGAAAUGGGUGAACAUUUAGUUACUGUUAAACACAAAGGAAUUCAAAUAUCAGGUAGUCCAUUCCACUUUACUGUCGGUCCGAUAACAGAUGGUGUAGCCAACAAGGUUAGAGCAGUAGGCUCUGGCCUACAAGAAGGUUGGACACAUGUUACCAAUGAAUUUACUAUAUAUACACGUGAAGCUGGUGCAGGCACACUAUCGAUUGCUAUGGAAGGUCCUAGCAAAGCAGAAAUUGAUUGUGAUGAAAGGCGAGAUGGUUCUUCAGCUGUACUCUAUCGUGUCACUGUACCGGGAAUGUAUAUUUGUUCCCUUAAAUUUAACGAUGAACAUAUCCCUUGUUCACCAUUCCGUAUUCAGGUUUAUGAUUCAACACAAACUGGGCGUUUAGCUUCUUACACACUACCAUCUCGUACUGUUGAUAUUCAGUCCACCCACAGUGUAUCCAGUAAAGAAGAAACACUUCGAAUUGGACGUCCAAUAGCAUUCACUGUACAUCAUGUAGAAACACCUGGUUACAUUUUGAAGGCAAAGGUGUCGACUCCAUCUGGAACUCAUGAAGAUGCAAUUGUUCAACCAAUCGAUCAAGAUCAAUUUGUAAUCAGAUUUGUCCCACGUGAAGGUGGUCCACACUUGGUUCAUGUGCAUUCUGUACCUAUUAAAGAGUCAGAUAAAGCUGACUGGAGUUUUGGUCCUAAUUCAGUGCAUAGAUCAAUUCAAGGUUCACCCUUCCGUCUAGUAGUCAGUCAGUAUGCUGCAGAUCCUGGUAUGGUGUAUGCUACUGGAGAUGGAUUACGUAGAGGGAAAGUUGACAUGAAGAACUCCUUUUUCGUCAAUACUACCAACGCUGGUUGUGGUGUUUUAAAUGUAACUGUAGACGGUCCGAGUAAGGCAACUGUUACAAGUCAAGAACAUGAUGAAGGCUAUGCAUUUUUCUAUACACCAACUGUUCCAGGAAUCUAUGAGAUCACUAUUAAGUAUGGUGGCAAUUUUCAUAUCACUGGUUCACCAUUCCGUGUUGAAGUUACUGGAACACCUAGAUCGGAAAUUUCGGAUACGCGAUCUGAGGAUCAUCAGUCGAAUGUUAUUUUAGAAACUGUUGGUAAAACAAUGACUGGAAUGUCGGCUAAAGUGGAACUAGAACAUGGAAGUACAGGUACUCAUCCUGAGCUUGUCACCUGUCAGGGGCUUGGAUUGAAACGAGCUGAAAUCGAUCGUGUGAAUUACUUCAAUGUUGAUGCUAGUCAAGCGGGUAAUGAUGUUCUACUCAUUGGUAUCUGUGGUCCAAAACAAGCCUCAGAAGAAGUGAUUAUCAAACAUUUGAGCAAUAAUCAAUAUACAGUCUCCUAUCGUGUCUCUGAAAGUGGUAAACACUUCUUAGUAGUUAAAUGGGGUGAUCAACAUGUUCCAGGCAGUCCAUUCCUUAUCAAUGUCCCAUAAUUCUGAAUAUUAUUCAAUAUUAAAAUCUACCCACAUAAACAGUAUAAAACUUUCAACUGAAUGUUUCUUGAAAAAAAGACAAUUUGUAAUCUCUUUUGUUGUUGUUAUUAUUACUGGAAGGUGGAUGUGUCAGCUAUUGACACCUUUGUUUUAGAUAGACAGAUAGAUAGAUGUUUACAGGUAUUGAUUUCCCUCCCCUACCCAUUUAGUCUUAUCUAGAUACUACAACAUACAUCGAAAUGAGGGAAUUUUUUAGACAGUGCCUUCUUUUUUCUGUGUUCUUUUAAUACUGCUACUACUACUACUACUACUGAAUACUAUUCAAGUGCCUUACUACUCUCUGUAACAACUGAACUUUUGCUUUAAUCGUUUCAAAAUGAGAUGCCAAGUUUGUGUAAACAAUCUUAGUUUACCAACAAUAACAAAUGAAUUGUAUUCAUAUUCUUGUUGUCAUUUUUGCGUGUAUUCAUUCCUUUCUGGCUAAUCUGUCGCUUUGGAAUUAUUAUUAUUAUUAUUAUAUUAUUAUUGUUACUAUUAC